AUGUCUGGCCUCCAAAGGGAUAAGCGGGAUCGCAACCCUCCUGAGUGGCAGGAAUGUACGUUUGACGAAGUGCGCAGUCUCAACCCCGAAGCAUUCAUCUGUCGAAGUUUCACCGGUCGGGAAAAAGUGUUCAAGAAAGGGACAUAUGUUUGUGUUGCGAAAGCUGUGGGUUUGGAAGGUUGGAACUUGAUCCAGGACGAUGACCUCGUCCUUUUCCCCGUCCAGCGGUCUCGACUUCUUCGGCACUCGAUUGGAGCGACGAAAGGCGUUGAAAAUCAAGUCGUGGACUCUGCGGAUGCGACCCCCGAUGGCUCCGAAUCUGCCACUCGCGAUGUGUUCGUGACGACGGGCGAUUUAUCUGCGUGUGGGGAUCAAGGACUCCCGGUUCUUGUGGAAAAAGGAAGACCCGUGUUGAGGUUUCUUCGUUGUGGAAAUGUAUGUCAUUUCAUCGACUUGGAAGGCCACAUCUGGCUGAUCGACCAGAAGUCCGUGAAGGAAAACAUGAGACAAUGGAACUCUGGCGAAGAGGACGACUUCAGGGACACCCACAUAAGACUUGAAUCGAACAUCGACACAGCUCUUCUCAAGGAGAAACCUUUCGUCUGCCGAAGGGACUAUGUCAGGUUUAGCGAUGUGAAGCAGAGUCUCAUGACUCGCCUUACAAUGAGGCCUCAUUUUUCAGGGGCGAAGUUGGUCAUGCCAACGACGACAACAGCGAAGGCGGCGACAAGCCAGAUUACUCCCGGUGACAGCAACAAGCUUCGACGACGUUCUGCAAAAUCGGGCAACAACGAGACGGUAGGAGAAGAGAUUGCAGUACAACCGAGGAAGCGCGGGAGGCCAAAAACUGCACUCCUUCCUCCGCAGCAGUCAUCCAUGACCAUCGUCAAGCGCCCUACUGAGUCGGAGAGACCGCCGGGGAGAUCUAUCGAACAACCCGACGCAGCAGAGAUCGUGGUGGCUCGACGAAGCAUUCUUCCGAGACCACCGCCCUUAGUCCAUGACAUGGGAUCCACCGCCCAGAGCAGCACGGAGCCGACCAGCUCAAAACGUGAGAUGAUGAGACAUGGUAGCCGCUUCUACCAGAGGGGCCCGAGAGAAAAAGCUCAUCCGAACAACCGUUCUUCGUCAAGCAGCAGCAGCAGCAGUAGACUUCCCUCCAAGCAGCCCGCGACUCUUCAUCCACGACCUCCGUCAAGAUCACCCGCUGCCCUGCCUCCUCCCGCUGCUUCACAUGUAGCCGCCGCCGCCGCAUCCGGGAUAGGGACAGACCCUCACGAUCCCAAAACUCAGCCCGACGAUCACAACAAUCCCAGCGACGACGAUGACGAAACAGGCGGACAGACUCAGGAUGACACUGAUGGGGACGAGGACGGAGAGGAAGGGCAAUUCUGCGAACACUGCCAAUGCUUCCCCGAAGACCAUGGGAUGCGCUGUCUGUUCCGGGCGUUGUAUCACGAUCGGGUCGAGGAAGUGCCCACCAUCUUCCCCGGGCGAUGA